UCCGCAGUCGCCUUGGCCAAUCGGAGCUCCGCUUCUUUCCAGGCACGGAAAGUUGUGCUCCAAUCAGCGAGUGCCGUCGUCGCUCGGGCAACAGCGUCCUAGAGACACCGAGUGGGCUGAGCCUCUGAGGACGGGGACAGACCUUGGGGUCCGUGCGCGGAAGUGACCCCGCGAGGCGGAGGAUUGAGAAAGGGGCCGGGGGAUUGAAUGUGCAGGAUGGCGGCCGUACCGCAUCAGCGCACUUUGGGUCCUCACCCGCAGAAAUCACACAUUUGAGACCCCACUCUUCACCGUGUAGAGUGUAUUCAAGGAAUGGUUUCCAAAUAUGUCCACACCUUCUUCAACCACAGCGAUGGCCAAUCCGAUGCUGUCAUCCUUAGACGUUAAACGGAUUUUGUUUCAAAGAAUUACCAACGAAGGAGAUGACUUGAAGAAAGCCUUCCACCUGCUCGACACCAGUAACGACAGGACGGUGUCGAAGAAUGAACUGAGAAGGGUCAUCGCAGACUUCCUGCUGCCUCUCACGAGAGAACAGUUUCAGGACAUUCUGGCUCAGAUCCCUCUCACUGGCGCCGGUGCCGUCCCGUACCUUGAGUUCCUGUCCAGGUUCGGCGGAAUUGACCUCAGUAUAAAUGCUGUAAAGAGGGGAGGUGAGAAUGCGAUGAACCACUGUCGGACGUUAAGAGACCUCGAAGCCCAAGUGGCAGAAAAGAUUUUCAAAAACAUUCACACCGUCGCCAAAGCCUUCAAGCUCCUCGACGUCAACAAGACGGGCCUGGUCCAAGCCCGCGAGCUGAGGAGGGUUCUGGAGACCUUCGGCGUGACGAUGCGGGACCGUGAGUACAAGCAGUUUGCAAAGCAUUACAACGUUGAUAAAGACACCGCGGUGGAUUAUAAUGUUUUUUUGAAGAACCUCAGUACAAAUAAUGACUUGAACCUUAAACAUGAUGUGGGAAGUCAAGAGGUCUCGUGGGAGGCGCAACGAGCCAAGAAGCCCAGCAGAGAGUGCCUCCCCGGUUCUCUUUCACCUGAAGAUGCCCGGGGAAACUACUGCUUAGAUGACCUCGAGAGGGUCUUUUGCCGGGAGCUUUCCAGGUCCCAUGAAAGGGUUGAAAAGGCCCUGAGUGCAGGGGACCCUUCCAGAGGUGGGUACGUAUCUUUGAAUUACCUGAAGAUCGUCCUGGACACCUUUGUAUGCCGAUUACCAAGGAGGAUUUUCAUCCAGUUAAUGAAAAGAUUUGGACUCAAAACCACCGCUAAAAUCAAUUGGAAGCAAUUUCUAACAUCAAUUUAUGAGCCUCAGUGGUUGGAAACUAGCAAUAAAAUUCCCAUGACAAAAAGAAAUAGCAUCAACUCUAGAAAUCAACCUCGCCAAGAAAACAUUAUCACACGUCUAUUUAGCCAUGAAGAUCACUCUACAGCAUUGAAGGAAGCACUUCUGAUUAUCAACUCCAAACCUGGCAGGCAGAUAACAGGGGAAGAAUUGCGACAUACGCUAAAUGACAUGGUGGUGAAAAUAAGUGAUUCGGAAUUCAAAGAACUAAUGCGAACGCUGGACCCUGGGAGCACCGGAUGGGUCAAUGUCAGCACGUUCGUUGAGCUGCUUGAAGAGAAGCCUAGGCUCAGCAAGCUAUCCUCCUGUGAAGACCCCAAGGCGCCUCUCCUCCUGGCGUGGGAUUCAGUGGAGGAGAUCGUUCACCACUCGGUGACUCGGAACCUACCGGCUUUCCGAAGGAUGCUGCGGUCAUGUGACCUCGGAGACACAGGGCUCGUUGGGCGACAGAAUUUCAAGAAGAUCAUGCGCACGUUCUGUCCGUGUUUAACAGCCGAACAUUUAGUCAAACUCUGCAAUAAGUUUCAGGAUAUUACUUCAGGAAGAAUCCUUUACAAGAAACUUUUGGCAUGCCUAGGAAUUAACGGCCCGCCUACUGUCUCUCCAGUUCUUGUUCCAAAGGAUCAGCUGUUAAAUGAACAUUUUCAAAAAGAGGACCAGCAGCAGCCAGAUCUUUCUGAGAGAACCGAGCCCACGGAGAGUAAAAGCGCCGUGACCAAGAAAGUGACCAAGGAGGAAGUUAUUGAAAAACUCAAAGACUGCAUACGGCAGCGGGACCCAGCGUUCAGAAAACGAUUUCUUGACUUCGGCAAGGAACCCAAUGGCAAAAUAAAUGCGCAUGACUUCAGGAAGGUACUGGAGGAGCACGGGAUGCCCAUGGAUGGUGACCAGUACGCGCUGCUGACGGCGAAAAUAGGAUAUAAGAAGGAAGGGAUGAGCUACCUGGAUUUUGCAACAGGAUUUGAAGAUGCUGCCAUGAAUGGGCCGGAAGCAACCCCGCCUCAGACUCCAGGUCUUUCGAAAGGCACCUCGGACAGCUCCUUGAUCACGGCGGAAGAGUGCCUGCGCCAGUUCCCCCGGAGACUGAAGGAAUUCUUCCGGGACCCCUACGCUGCCUUCUUUAACCUGGACUCGGACCGGGACGGCCUCAUCGGCAUGCACGACCUCCGCAGGCUGCUGCUGCACCUGCACUUCAACCUGAAGGAGGAGGAGUUCGAGCGUUUCCUGGGCCUCCUCCGCCUGCGACUCAGUGUCACGUUAAAUUUCCGCGAGUUUCGACAUUUGUGUGAGAAGAGAUCUUUCAGGUCAGAGGAUGACGCGCCUCAGAGACUCCUCAGACCAAAACAGAAGGUCGCAGAUUCAGAACUAGCUUGCGAGCAGGCUCACCAGUACCUUGUUACCAAAGCAAAAACCAGAUGGGCCGACUUGUCCAAGAAUUUCAUAGAGACGGACAGUGAGGGCAACGGCAUCCUUCGACGACGGGACGUCAGGAACGCGCUGUACGGCUUUGCCAUCCCCCUCACGCCCAGAGAGUUCGAGAAGCUUUGGCUGAGCUACGACACCGAGGGAAGAGGGCACGUCACUUACCAAGAGUUUCUGCAGAAGCUGGGGAUCAGCUACUCAGCAGAUGUUCACCGGCCCUACGCAGACGAUUACUUCAACUUCAUGGGUCACUUCACGAAGCGGCAGCAGGUACACGAGGAGCUCCGAGAGCUGCAGCAGAGCACGGAGAAGGCCGUGCCGCCCAGGGAUAAGCUUAAGGACCACUAUCAAGAUAUCAGCAAAGCCCUCAGCAAGCUAGAUAAACCUAAAAAUGGCUCCAUAUCCUUCUGCAAGCUGCAGAAGCUGCUGCAGGAAUGCGGUUGUUCUCUGAAGCAAGAGGAGCUGACUGACCUUCUAAACAGUUGGGGCAUCAGCUGGCAUGAUAAUUCCAUCAGUUACCUCGACUUCUUGAGAGCAGUGGAGAACAGCAAGACAACAAGGCCUCAGCCGCGAGAGAAGAAAGAGCGUGUGCCCAUCAAUUUUGCGACCCUGAAUCCGGAGGAGGUUCUGAAGAGCAUCCAGGACGUGGUCGCCGCCUCGGGUCAGGCUUUGUCGACGGCAUUUUCUGCAUUGGACAAAGAGGACACUGGGUUUGUAAAGGCCUCCGAUUUUGGACAAGUUCUUAAGGAAUUCUGUUACAAACUAGCAGAUAACCAGUAUCAUUACUUUCUGAGAAAACUAAGACUUCAUCUAACCCCCCAUAUAAAUUGGAAGUAUUUUCUCCAGAACUUCAGCAGUUACCUGGAGGAGACUGCUGCUGAGUGGGCCGAGAAGAUGCCCAAAGGCCCGCCGCCCAGAUCUCCCAAAGAAACGGCAAACCGAGCGAUCCUGGCCCGGCUCCACAAAGCCGUGGCCUCCCGCUACCACGCCAUCGCCCGGGAGUUUGACGGCUUCGACACGGCCAAGACCAACACGGCCUCGAGGGACGAGUUCCGGUCCAUCUGUACCCGCCACGUCCAAGUUCUGACAGAUGAACAGUUUGACAGGCUCUGGGAGGAGAUGCCGGUCAACGCCAAGGGGAGGCUGAAAUACCUCGACUUCCUGAGCACCUUCAGCUCCGAGAAGGCGGCCACACCGCCGGCCACGGAUGACUCGGCCAAGGCGCAGAGAGGGAGCAGCGUCCCCGAGGUCUCGGAAGGAGGCAGGUCUGCAGGAUCAUCACCCACCCGCAACCUGAGAACGGGGUCCAAACAGCAGAGUCACCCCUGCAGCCCGGUGGGUGCAGCGCUGCCCCUGCAGAACUGCGAGCCCGUCGAGAACAAGCUGCGGAAGAGGCUCCAGGGCUGCUGGCGCGAGUUCCUGAGGGAGUGUAAGGAACGGGACGCCGGCAAGCGGGGUGAGAUCGCCCCCGCCGACUUCCUGGGAAAAUAAGCCCGACCAGGUCCUUCUCUGCUUAGAAGCCCCUCUGCCUGCCUCUUCUUUGCUGUACGGACCCCUUUUAGAAGAACGUUUUUCCUGAGAACCUUCAGUAUCAACAUAAAUUACUUCUCUGAUAACCGUGGCUUGAAAAUGCACACGUGAAAGAAGGUGUGAACUCUUUAAGUGAACUGCUCCUGCCACCAAAAACAAAAACAAAAACACACCUAUACCUCAAAUGUAAAAAUUUGCAAUGGGUAAUAAUUACAUGUUGUGACAUUGAUUUCACGUGACAUGUCUCACUGAAAGCAAAUCACCAGUGCUGGUUUAACACGUUUGACUUCCACUUUUUCUUUGGUUAAUUCUUUGGAUUUCGAGCACGCCGUCAUCCUCGUCCUGACCGUAUUUCUUUUUAACUGUGCACCCCCACAAGCCUCCUUUCACGGUCCUGGCAGCGCAUCUAAACGCCAGUGCUGUGAAAACACACCUUCUGGCUAAACCCAGGUUAGACGACCUUCUGCAAGUUGGAACCUCCAGUGCUGUUGCUGGAAAUUCCUUUGGGUCCCUUGUGGGGGGCGCUGUUGACAUCCUGACUUUCAGCUGUGCUGACCUCGGGCAGCCAGGAGGAUUCUUCAGUGUGGCAUCAAUGCGACCCUAGUGAAUCAGAAAGCCAGAUGCCAACUCUCAACUCGCACGACGCUUGUCUUUUCGGGGAACUCUGUGUGUUUUCCAGAAGGCACAUUUUAGUUCAGCAUUAGGAUGAAAGCUCCAAACGCCUAACCUGGGGUCGCCUAGCAGACUCUUGAGAGCAUAGCUCUGAAGCCCAGCUGAAAAAUGCUUACGCAGAGGGAAUUCUGAAUUCUGAAUUCUGAAUUCGAGUCUGAAUUCCUGACCCUACCAGGGCCAACCCCCUCCACACGGAACCUGCCCGGCUCAGCUCUGAUUCUUGUCCGGUGGGAACACCCCCCUGGCCCCCUGCCUGCUCGAAGCCCCCAUCCCACUAUGUCCAUACUGCUGGGCCCACAGCCGUGGUGCCCAAGCAAAGCCUGGCCAGCAGGCAAAGCCAGGACAGAGUGAGCCCAGCAGGAUUCGGGGUGGGGAGGGCUCCUUCCAGGCCGCACUUGCUUGGCCAUGUGCCUGUGUGUUUCUGCAUCUGUCCAUCUACCAACCGUGAGCCUGGGAAGCAAGGACCCAGCCAGGGCAUCUCAGCAAGUGAUGAAUGAAUGAGGGAUCCAGUGAGUGAGUGAACGGAGCGCCACCAACUGA